AUGAAGCAAGCUAAGUUUUGUGUGGAAAACACUGGCAAAGUUAUCACAUGCAGAGCAGCCAUUGCCUGGACAAGUAAUGCUCCCUUGUCUAUUGAGGAAGUGGAAGUUGAUCCACCAAAGGCUGGAGAGGUUCAAAUUAAGGUUAUAUCUUCAGGGAUUUGUGGUUCAGACAAUCACAUAAUAAAUGGAACAUACCCAGUACCUUUACCUGCAAUUAUGCAUGAAGGAGCUGGGGUGGUAGAAAGUAUUGGAGAAGGUGUGAGUACUGUGAAACCAGGAGAUAAAGUUAUAUUGACUAUUCUACCUCAAUGCCAUAAAUGUGACUCCUGCUUACUUGAAAGAAGAUAUGUUUUCUCCAUUGGACUGAUGCUUGAUGGUACCACCAGAUUUACAUGCAAAGGAAGAAAAGUGCAUAAUAUUUUGGGGACAAGCACAUUCACUGAAUACACCGUGAUGCAUGAAAUUUCAGUAGUAAAAAUUGAUGAUGAUGAUGCACCCUUGGAGAAUGUCUGUAUAUUAGCCUGUGGAUUCCCCACAAGCUAUGGAGCUGCUGCACAGGUGACUCCUGGUUCUACUUGUGUUGUCUUUGGGCUUGGAGGUGUUGGUUCUGCAGUUGUUCUUGGGUGCAAAGCAGCUGGUGCUUCCAGGAUCAUUGGUAUUGAUAUCAAUGAAGGGAAAUUUGAGAAGGCAAAAGCUCUUGGGAUCACGGAUUGCCUUAAUCCUCAAAACUUUAAGAAGCCCAUCCAGCAGGUGGUGAUGGAAAUUACUGGCCUUGGUGCUGAUUUUACCUUUGAAGCUAUUGGGUCUACUGACACCAAGGUUGCUGCUCUGGAAUCCUGCAAUAGUUAUGGUGUCUGUGUUAUUAUUGUAUCACCAGCAAAAUCCCAGCUCUCUUUUGACCCAAUCAAGCUACUAUCUGGUAGGACGCUAAAAGGGUGCUUGAUAGGAGAGUAUAAAACUAGAGACUGUAUUCUUUUAUUAAUGGAUGAUUACAUGAAGAAGAAAAUUGACAUGUAUUCAGUAAUAACCCAUAAAAUGCCUUUCAUCAAAAUCAAUGAAGGGUUUGAACUCCUCCAAUCAGGAAAAUGCAUUUGCUGUGUCCUGUUGUUCUGAGGUCAAGGGGAAUGGUAAUGCAAUGUCACCCUACCUUACUAGACUGUCAUCCUCCUGGGACUUCAUAUAUAUCAGGUACAAGAGUACCUUCUUAGAAGGGCAAGAAAUGUAAUAAACUACUUCUAAACAC